GGCUCCCGGAAGCGGAAGGGGAGCGCGGCCCGGCCUGGGCGGCGGAGGCGCGGGGCCGAGUGGAGAGCGGCGGAGCGGGCGGCGGUACUUACAGAGAACUGUUAUUGAAGGGAGGCCCAUAUGAUGGAAUACAAAAUAUAAAGAAAAAAUGAAAGAAUGACUCAAGAAGAUAGCACUUCUAAAUGCAAGUGCCAGAAAAAUCACAGCUCCUCUCAGUGAAUUUGCAAGUGGAUUGUCUUGCCUGUGGGCUGGCAGGCAAUUACAGGACUGCAGAAUGGGUCUUCGGAUUCACUUUGUUGUUGACCCCCAUGGUUGGUGCUGCAUGGGUUUGAUUGUCUUUGUCUGGUUAUACAAUAUUGUUAUAAUUCCCAAAAUUGUCCUCUUUCCUCACUAUGAAGAAGGACAUAUUCCUGGCAUUUUAAUAAUAAUAUUCUAUGGCAUUUCCAUAUUUUGUCUGGUUGCCUUAGUGAGGGCCUCCUUAACUGAUCCUGGAAGACUCCCGGAAAAUCCCAAGAUCCCACAUGCAGAGCGGGAGCUGUGGGAGCUGUGCAGCAAGUGUAACCUGAUGAGGCCGAAGCGCUCCCACCACUGCAGCCGCUGCGGCCACUGUGUGAGGAGGAUGGACCACCACUGUCCUUGGAUAAACAAUUGUGUGGGUGAAGACAACCAUUGGCUCUUUCUGCAGUUGUGUUUCUACACUGAGCUGCUUACUUGUUAUGCACUGAUGUUUUCUUUCUGCCAUUAUUAUUAUUUUCUUCCACUAAAACAGCGUAAUUUGGACCUCUUUGUUGUUCGGCAUGAACUGGCUAUCAUGAGACUAGCUGCCUUCAUGGGCAUUACUAUGUUAGUCGGAAUAACUGGACUCUUCUAUACACAACUCAUCGGCAUUAUCACAGAUACAACAUCUAUUGAAAAAAUGUCAAACUGUUGUGAAGAAAUAUCGCGGCCCCGAAAGCCAUGGCAGCAGACCUUCUCAGAAGUUUUUGGCACUCGUUGGAAGAUCCUGUGGUUCAUUCCUUUCAGGCAGAGGCAACCACUGCGAGUUCCCUACCACUUUGCCAAUCACGUCUAAACAGAUGGAUGGUGGGCACAGAUGGGUCCUCCAUGCUGGAAAUGCGUUACAGGUUUUAUGAGAAUAGAACUAUGACAGUCUUCAAGUCAAUUAAAAUCCACCCACCAAUCUUAGGCAUCA